UAUCUCUAAAGAUAGCUAUGCAAGAAGCUUUCGAAUAUGAGUAUAAUUCAUUUCAUCAUAUUUUGAAUGAAAAUUAAGAUUCAAAUCUUCAAUAUGAACAAAACAGUAUUCAACCACCACCCAUUGAAUUGAAGGACUUUGACUAAUUAAUUAACUAAAAUUUAAUGACUCAUACUCAACAAUUAACAAACAAUUAGGAGAGUGAUUAAUCUAGAGUGGAUUAUAAAAACUUGCCUAAGUUAAUAGGCAAUCAUUUCUAUAAAUAUAUUGAACAAAAUAAUAUUACUAAAACAAAAGGAGUCUUGAAUUUCUGUAAUUAAAGAUAAAAAAAAGAGAAAGGAACCAAAACAGAAAAGCAAUAAUCAACCAAAAUUUCAGAUUUAAGGGAAGUAUGCAAAGCAGAUCCCUAAUCUAAAACUAAUUUUAAGAGGUUCAUUAAAAAAUAAUUAUUUAUCGAUUUGAUACAUAGUUCUAAAAUUGAAGAUCCAUUAAAAUAUAUUGAUGGAAUUAGUACUUACUAUGCUACGGCUGAUGAACCAGAUAAAAUGAUCAGCAGCCAUAUUAUAAGUUCUAAAAAAAUAAAAAAGUCAUGAGAUUUUAUAUAUUUUAUCUGCU